AGAAAGUAGGAACGAAAACGCAACGAUGUUUUGACACGCGUAUUUCUUAACUGUAGUUACGGGUUUUUUGUAUUGUUUCCAGGUUGUUGAAAUAUGAAGAUGGAGGAUGGCAGCUUGAUUUCAUGUAGAGAGGACAUUUCUUCGCUGUUCCCUGCGCAAAUGCCGAGUGCCAAACAGCAAGAUCUGAGCAGCCAGUUUUCCGCCGUAAGAAAAGUUUGCGGCGACGGGAACUGCUUCUACAGAGCUUUCUGCUUUGCAUACUUGGAGUCAGUCCUACACAGUGCCAGGGAUUUGCAGAGGUUCAAGGACAAGAUAAUCCAGGGCAGCGCAAUUUUGGUCUCUGCGGGAUUUGAGGAGGAUUUCUUCAGGCACCACCUGGACAUGGUUCUUCAUGUUGUUGAGCAAUGCCAAGCAGAUGUAAAUGCACUAUUCAGGCUCUUCAAUGAGCAUACUACCUCUGACAGUGUUGUGCAGUAUCUCAGGCUGCUCACUUCAGCACACCUGCAAAACAAUGCAGACUUCUUCCGCAACUUUGUGGAAGCACCUGAUCUACAUGUCUACUGUCAUCAAGAAGUGGAGGCUAUGGCGAUGGAGUGUGAUCAUGUGGACAUCUUGGCUCUGUCCCAGGCUCUGGACAUCUCCAUCCACAUCGUCUCUAUGGAAGGUGACGAACAACAGCUGGCUCACCACAUCAUUCCAGAAAAUGGGGACCCAUCCCUGCAUCUCCUCUACCACACAUCUCAUUAUGAUAUUCUCUACCCUCGGGCACAACUAUGAC